UGCGUUUAGUCAUGUCUAGCAGCGGUUAGCCAAUGGGGUUGCGCUUCGUGGGGUUAAGUCUGGAAAGAGUAACAGGAGCCGAUCAGCUGGUUGUGGCACUCCGUUCUUGCUGGCAGCGGGUGACAACUCUGAAGGAUUGGUUUAUUUUGACCAAAGCCAUGGCAACGGCCCAGUCAGUGUUGACACUCGCGGUGUGUGUCCUGAUGAUCGCGGAGUUGAUCUUGGCUGCGGAGGAGGACUAUUACGAGGUCCUGGGGGUCCCUAAAGACGCCACGGAGCGCCAGAUCAAGAAGGCCUUCCACAAGCUGGCCAUGAAGUACCACCCGGACCGGAACAAGAGUCCAGACGCAGAGGACAAGUUCCGAGACAUAGCGGAAGCGUACGAGACUCUCUCUGACGAAAAGAGGAGGCGUGAGUACGACCUUCUGCGUAGCCAGCGGGCCGCGUUCGGAGGAGCAGGAGGAGCAGGAGGAGGUCACGGUCAUCAUCAUCAUCAUCAUCAGCAGCACUUCCAGCAGGGGUUCACCUUCAGCUUUGACGACCUCUUCUCAGACUUCGACCUGUUUGGUCAGCAGCAGCGGCAGCAGCAUCGCCAACAACACUACAAACAGCAACAACAACACUUUAACUCCAACGGUCAUCAUCAGCAGCAGCAGCAGCAGCAGCAGCAGCGUGGGUUCCGCAGUCCCUUCGGUCGCCAGCAGGAGGAGCCCCAGAGACACCAGCAGCAGCAGCAGCAGCACAAGCAGCACUUUGGCUCCGCCUUCGGGGGCGGGGUCUUCGACGACGUCUUUGAGAAUAUGGAGCGCAUGUUCUCCUUCGAGAUGCCGCGCGCCGACGGACACGGAGGGUUCCAGCGCUCCUCCUCGGCCAAUCGGCACUGCCGGACGGUGACGCAGCGGAGGGGGAACAUGGUGUCCACCUACACAGACUGCUCAUAGGGACUCAGCUCACUGUGGCCCUCUGCUGGGCUGGAGGGGGACUACAGGGGACACUAAUGUGUAUUCCAACAUGCAGACUCCUGUCCUUCCUUGCUAUCUUGCCUCCUUGUGGCCUUGCGAUGACGUCACCGACAAUAGCAUUAUAUUUCAAUAUCUUGCAAAGGCUUUAUUCUAAUGUCGUUUUCUCAUUUGCAAAGGGUUGGUGAAUGAAUAACAGUCCCCCAAAAGUUGUUGUGGCUAAGCUGACAGCAGCAGGGAAAACGUUAUUGUUUCCUACUUGGAGGCGGGGCGUCAGCAGAACGCGAGGCCACAAGCACAGACAGAGGACCGGAGUCUACAUAUUGGAAUGCACCCUAGGCCUUGCAGCCAGGGGGUUAUUCCAUUUUGCAACCUCCCGUCCUCCACCUGCAGUCAGCCUCGCCACAACAACUUUUUGGGGACUUUUCCUCCUUCAACAUCCCAAUUGCGAAUGAAAAAAAAGACCUUUAAGUUGCGCUUUUGCGAGGUAUUCAUUUAAAACUUAUUUUGGCAAUGACGUCUUGCAGUGUCAUCACAAGGCCACAAGCGCAAGGGAGGACGGGAGUUUGGACAAUGGGAAGAACCCUAACAACUAGGCCUUAUAAAGACCUCUCAGGAACACGCCUGCUCUCAUCUACUCCAGCCAAGGUCACCAAGGCAACACCUGUUCCAUCACCAGGGUGACGAGUGUUCUAGAGUCAACAUCACCAAGACAACCGCAGUUCUAGAGUCCCAGCAGUUCUAGAGCCUCUGGGUAGCUCCUCCUCCUCCUCCUCAACCUUGGAGCCAUUUUGUUUGUUUAUUAAAUUAUUGCUGUUAAGGUUGAAAUGUUUCUCAUUGAGGACAAGUGUGUGUUUAUAUUUCGGUCUGUGUGUGUGUGUGUGUGUGUGUGUGUGUGUGUCUCUCUGUGUGUGUUUCUGUCUAUGUAGUGUGUGUGUGUGUGUGUGUGUGUGUGUUUUAUCUUGCCACAACAUUGAAUGUCACUGCAGGAGCUGACUGGCUCUCCUCUGUUCACCGCAGUGCUUUGAAUUCUGUUUUUUCUUCUAAUUCAUAUGACUUUGCCAAAGGUUUCAGUGGCCUUUAAAAAGCCUGCACAUAAGACAGCGUUAUGCCAAGAUGGCGUGUUGGAAUACUUUAGGGUCACGUGCAUUAUGAGAUCAGAGAGGGUUCCCAUUGUGGGGUGAGUAGCUCUUACCUUACCACCAAACCUCCAUCACACAUACAGAGUGCAUCUUAAUAUGCGACCUUGCCUCCUCCACUUGCGCUUGUCUCCUCGUCCCGCCUCCUUGCCCCUCCUCCAUGGAGAAAACGAUAAAGUUUCCCAGCUGUCAGCCUAGCCACAACAACUUUUGAGGGACUGUUUUUCAUUCACCAUCCCAAUUGCAAAAGAGAAAAAGACUUUACAAUUGAGCUUUUGCAAGAUAUUGAAAUAUAAUGCUGUUGUCAGUGAUGUCAUCAUGACGAGAAGCGAGUGGAGGAGGCAAGGUCGCAUAUUAAGAUGCACUCACAGUAUACACAAUAGGUAUUUCUCAAAAUGAGGUCUUCUAACCUUGCUUGCAGGGGUGUAAAUCACAGCCUCCAUGACGAUACGACUCCAUAUCGAUAUCUUAUUAUUCGGUGCGAUACGAUUCGAUUAUUUUUUAAUACUUAAGAAUGCCCCAAUACGAUAAGAUUCGAUUUGAUUUUUUUUCCCAAUUACUUUUCCAACUCUUAAGUUAUUGGGCAGGGGCCAGCGAUUCGAUUUUUUUUUUUUGCGAUACUUCAGAAUGUCCCACGAUACGAUGCGAUUUGAUUCAAUCAUCAGAAUAUAUCCCGAUAUAUCGAUACGUUUCGAUAUUAUUUACACCCCUACUUGCUAGUACGAGUACCGCCCAUUUUUCGCAGCGUAUAUAUAUAUUAAUAAUUGGAUACUUUGAGAAAUGGGUGUUCUACUCGCACUAGCUAGCAAGGCUAGAACACUUGACUUUGAGAAGCACCUUUCUGUAUGUCUUCUCUACCAAGCCUAGAACACUUGACUUUGAGAAACACCUUACUGUAUGUCUUCUCGCCCCAGUUGGAGGGAAGCCUCAAGUCCUGCAAUAUCUACCACUUUUUUUUUAUUUUUAUGAAAGUGUAUUUUUGAAGUGCAGGUAAAGUACCAAAAUGAUGAUGAUGAUGAUAUUUACCAGCGAUCUAAGGGGGGUACAGUUCAGUUUUAACCCACGUCAUAUAGAGCUGAGUAUCGCAUGUUUUCAAAUGCAAGUGCACAAAUCCUGUCCCACUGGUCAAAUCUUAUCCAACUGGUAUGGCUGUGUCAUAUCAAACCUCAGUUGGCUAGUGAUACAAUCUUAAGAUUUCAGUGUCCAGAGCAAUACGAAGCGUCUGCUUUUGACAUUUGUUUAUUUUGUAAAUUGUGUAAAGUUUUAAGCAGGUGACACUUGGACGUGUUUGAGUUUGUCCAUCUCACUGUGAUGAUAAUGUCCCCUCACCUUGAUCUAAUGACAUCACCAACUGUUAUGAUGACAUCACCAACUGUUAUGACAUCAUCACCUGUUACCUCAUCGUAAGCUCAACGGAGCUGCUUGCAGCUCGACAAACUGUGCAAUAUUUGUCGCUAGCACUUUCAACCGUAUAUGUGUAAUACGUCUCGUGUAUGUAUAUGUCUCAUGUAUGUAUUUUGUUUUGUCGUUAUCGUUAUCGUACAUCACUGUAAGAAGGCAUGUGUAGUACGACUUGUAAGCUAAGACCAUGCGUCGUAGUAGAUCUUUGUAAAAAAAAAAAAACAUCCCGCUGGCCUCAAUGUCAAGUUGUUACUAUUACCUUCUUGCAGUGUAUUAUGUAUAUUGUUUUUACGCGUCGUUACCUUUUAUGUGACGUGUGUACGCUGCCUACGUUUCAAAUGGUGUGAUCCAGCACUACCAGUGUGCUUCCAGCGGUGGGUGAAGCUCUUGCCAAGUUACACCGAAAUAUGUUUUUGUUUUUGUUGUCGUUUUGUUUUUAACACAGCGUGUAUGAACUGAAGGAUGGCCUUUGGAUGGUUUUAAUCUGAAAAACAUAAUUAAAUCAUUUAAAGUUUUUUUUGGCAUUUUA